CAAAAAGCAGGGAGCGAUAAGAGCUCUGUGACAGCGGAUAAGGAUCAACAAGAAUUCCUCGAGUCUUGAUCCUUGGCACGGAGGGGAACAUGGUCAACAGUUGAGCAAGGAUAGAAGCUCGUCGACUGGCUACGAGAACGCUGAAGCCUCAUCUAUCAGAUGAAGCGCCAAGCCGGCAGCACCCUGCGCAGAGGGAGGAACCGUAGUCCCCUACGCGUGCGUGGCGUAUUCGUGCCGGGAGCUCUCUGUUACCGGUGCUGUUUGAGCCUGGAAAACUCCAUCAUUGUCCCCUUUUUUCAGGAUGAACCGAGUGGCCGUGAACUGGACAAUUUGGCAACUGAUGAGAAAGCCUUCAACGGAGUGUUUGCGGCACUUUUGGUCCGAACCGAUUUGAUAGAUGACGAUGCCCUUGUCUCUUCCUCGGUGUCCCGCUGCCGUCCUGUUACCGAAAACAGCGAAAUCCCGGCUCUUCAGCGGCCUGUUGUUGGACUGUCGCACAACGCUCCAGUGUUUCCAGUGGUCCUCCUGGCGGGGGGUUCGCCGGGUCUCUUUGCAAGGACUUUCUGGCUUCCAGAAUGCUCCUGGCCAGCUUUACCUGCGUGCCUUGCGUCAAACCAACCAGCAAAAGACAAAGGCCCUGGGCGACGUCACUGCAGAUGGUCUACUUGGCAGUGCGCUGACAUAGCCCGUGCCCCCUAUCAAGUCUGCAGCGCGCAGCGCGCAUUGCGCAGCGAGCAUGGGGGGGCCCCGGCGUGGAAUCGUGGAUGGGAGAUGGCAGUUGUACAGAUAGUGCGUGAGGUGGGCAUCAUCACCCCAGAAAACCCGCUUUCCCACCUCCCGUAUCCCUUCUUCAGUGAGGUGACACAGAGUCGGGGUUGGCCGUAGCAAUUGGGUAGGCCAAGCCAAAGUUAACAAAGACAUGCUCGGCGCUGCCAAGGUUUGACGCUCCAUAUUAUCGUUCUCAGCGAUAUCAAAUCGUCAGUCGACUCCGUAGGUGGUAGCACACUCAUUUCUCUUUGGAUCCGAUCAAUACAUCUACAACCUCUUUUCGUCCGAGGCUGUC